CCACUGGUCCAAGCGAUUUUCAGCGGUGACCCAGAAGAGAUACGGAUGUUGAUCUACAAAACUGAGGAUGUCAACGCCUUGGACGCUGAGAAACGAACUCCUCUUCACGUUGCAUCAUUCCUGGGGGAUGCAGACAUCAUUGAGCUGCUCAUUUUGUCAGGCGCUCGUGUCAAUGCCAAGGACAAUAUGUGGCUGACUCCUCUCCAUAGAGCAGUUGCUUCAAGAAGUGACGAAGCAGUGCAGGUGUUGAUUAAGCACUCUGCUGAUGUCAACGCUCGGGACAAGAACUGGCAGACUCCGUUGCACGUGGCGGCCGCCAACAAGGCAGUGAAGUGCGCUGAGGUCAUCAUCCCCAUGCUGAGCAGCGUCAACGUGUCGGACCGGGGCGGGCGCACGGCGCUGCACCACGCCGCGCUCAACGGCCACAUCGAGAUGGUGAACUUGCUCUUGGCCAAAGGGGCGAACAUCAAUGCUUUUGACAAAAAAGACAGAAGAGCACUUCACUGGGCAGCAUACAUGGGACACCUGGAAGUUGUUGCCUUACUGAUUAAUCAUGGUGCAGAGGUGACCUGUAAAGACAAGAAGGGUUAUACCCCACUUCAUGCAGCUGCAUCCAAUGGGCAGAUUAACGUUGUGAAACACCUCCUUAACUUAGGGGUAGAGAUUGAUGACAUGAACAUCUAUGGAAAUACUGCACUUCACAUUGCCUGUUACAAUGGGCAGGAUUCUGUCGUUAAUGAGCUGAUUGACUACGGUGCUAAUGUAAAUCAGCCUAAUAAUAAUGGAUUCACUCCUUUGCAUUUUGCUGCUGCCUCCACUCAUGGAGCACUGUGUCUUGAACUACUAGUGAAUAAUGGGGCAGAUGUUAACAUUCAGAGUAAGGAUGGGAAGAGCCCACUGCACAUGACAGCUGUCCAUGGGAGGUUCACGCGGUCGCAAACCCUCAUUCAGAACGGAGGGGAAAUCGACUGUGUUGAUAAGGAUGGUAACACCCCUCUGCACGUGGCUGCAAGAUACGGGCAUGAGCUUUUGAUUAACACCCUCAUAACCAGCGGAGCUGAUACUGCCAAGUGUGGGAUCCACAACAUGUUCCCUUUACACUUAGCAGCGCUGAAUGCUCACUCAGACUGCUGCAGGAAAUUGCUGUCAUCAGGACAAAAGUAUAGCAUAGUGUCCUUGUUUAGUAAUGAGCACGUGCUGUCUGCAGGCUUUGAAAUAGACACCCCUGAUAGUUUCGGAAGAACGUGCCUCCACGCUGCCGCUGCAGGAGGUAAUGUUGAAUGUAUAAAACUCUUGCAAAGCAGUGGAGCUGAUUUUAGUAAGAAGGACAAAUGUGGGAGGACACCUUUGCACUAUGCAGCUGCAAAUUGUCAUUUCCACUGUAUUGAGACACUGGUGACAACAGGAGCCAAUAUUAAUGAAACAGAUGACUGGGGACGCACCCCUUUGCAUUAUGCUGCUGCUUCUGACAUGGACCGAAAAAAGAAUAUUUUAGGUAACUCCCACGAAAAUGCUCAAGAACUUGAAAGAGCCAGUGAGAUGAAGGAAAAAGAAGCUGCAUUGUGUCUAGAGUUCCUUCUACAAAAUGAUGCCAAUCCAUCCAUCCAAGACAAAGAGGGGUACAACACUGUGCAUUUUGCUGCUGCAUAUGGGCACCGGCAGUGUUUGGAACUGCUUCUGGAAAAAACCAACAGUAUCUUUGAGGAAUCUGAUUCUGCAGCUACAAAAAGUCCUUUGCAUUUAGCUGCCUAUAAUGGUCAUCAUCAAGCCUUGGAGGUACUUCUCCAAUCUCUGGUAGAUCUGGACAUUAAGGACGAGAAGGGACGCACUGCUUUGGACCUGGCUGCGUUUAAGGGACAUGCAGAGUGUGUGGAAGCUCUCAUCAGCCAGGGUGCUUCUGUCACUGUAAAAGACAAUGUCACUAAAAGGACCCCCCUUCAUGCUUCAGUCAUUAAUGGCCAUACACCUUGUUUACGGUUGUUGCUAGAAGUUGCAGACAACCCUGAUGUGACAGAUGCCAAAGGACAAACCCCACUAAUGCUUGCAGUGGCAUAUGGGCACAUUGAUGCUGUUUCUUUAUUACUUGAAAAAGAAGCAUCUGUAGAUGCCGCUGAUCUCCUGGGAUGUACAGCUUUACACCGAGGGAUUAUGACCGGGCAUGAAGAGUGUGUUCAGAUGCUGUUAGAGAAGGAAAUCUCUAUCCUGUGCAAGGAUGCCCGUGGCAGGACACCCCUGCACUUCGCGGCGGCGCGGGGUCACGCCACUUGGCUGAGCGAGCUGCUGCAGGUGGCACUUUCGGAGGGAGACUGCAGUCUGAAGGAUAAUCAAGGUUACACACCACUGCACUGGGCUUGUUACAACGGUCAUGAAAACUGCAUAGAGGUACUAUUGGAACAAAAAUGUUUCCGCACAUUCUAUGGAAAUAGCUUCUCUCCAUUGCACUGUGCUGUAAUCAAUGAUCAUGAAAACUGUGCAUCCCUGCUCCUUGGAGCCAUCGAUGCCAGCAUUGUCAAUUGCAAAGAUGACAAAGGAAGGACACCCCUCCACGCUGCAGCCUUCGCGGAUCACGUGGAGUGUCUCCAGCUGCUCCUCGGCCACCGCGCGCACGUCAACGCUGCGGAUCAUGCAGGGAAAACCCCUCUCAUGAUGGCAGCUCAAAACGGACACGCAGCUGCCGUGGACUUUUUGGUGAACAUUGCCAAGGCUGACCUGACAUUAAAGGAUAAGGAGUUGAACACGUCUUUGCACUUGGCUAGCAGUAAAGGUCAUGAAAAAUGUGCCUUGCUAAUACUUGACAAGAUACAAGAACAGAGCCUUAUCAAUGCAAAAAAUAAUGCAUUGCAGACACCUCUCCACAUUGCUGCACGAAACGGCUUAAAGAUGGUAGUUGAAGAGUUGCUAGCCAAAGGGGCCUGUGUCCUAGCAGUAGAUGAAAAUGUUUCUAGGUCAAAUGGACCACGACCCUCCUCCACAACAGAUGUACAAAAGGAAGAAUGAGAUUUUGUAAACAAAAAGAAACAAAAAAGCCUAAACAAAAAGCUAUCAUGAACUAACCAGCUAUACCAAGAGGACCAAAAUUCUUCAGUAAUUAAAUGGAAGACUUUGCUACUUUUAUUUUUUUCUUCAAAUGUGAGUGACAUAAUGAAGUAGUCUUUUUCUAAACCAUAAAAAAAUAAACUUCUGAGGUAAUGAGUAGUCUUGAGUGAAUUUUACAUUUUAUGACACAGGUUUCAAGUUGAUGUUUGUAACUGAUGAUGUGUUGACCACAGGUUUGUUGUGUUUUUUUUCAGUCUAAAUAAUAUGUUCAUAUACUUUUAAUGUAAAUGUAUUUAUAUUUAUUUGAAAUGAAACAAAUGCCCAGGAAAAAUAACUAUGGCU